AGGUACUAUAUACUUUUCUUUGAAAAAGAAAAUUAGGCGCAGUGACAGCAUCCCCCGUGGUCCGAAUGACACAGAGGGCAAGAAGACUGUCUGAAGUGUAGAUCACGGCGACAUGAGAUGUAGAGGGCGGCAACUGCUGCAGGAGCACGUCUGCCGACGGCGACGCGCAGUUCUUGUAGAGUGAAACUCCCCAACAUAUUGCCUUGCCAGCCCGCGUGAGGAGCGGGAGCGGACGUCGCGGCGGCAGCAAAAAUGAGCGAGGAUCCGACGCAGCGGUAUGUGCUGGUGGUGGUUGGUAUGCAAUACAAAUUUCCUGUACAUGUACAAAAUGCAUCACAAGUUUUGCCAAUUUGGGGUGUCACACUUGUCAUGCUACACUAGGAUCGAAGCCCAGCUUUGUCACGCAGAGACCGCAUUUGUACGUGUACGGAAAAUUUACUAUGGAUAGUUGGGCCCGUCGAGGCCGCCACCAUCGAGGCGAACAUGGAGAAGGUCGGUGGGACCGCCCGGGACGUGCUGCGGCGGCAGCCGGAUCUGCCCGUGCCCGAGCUCACGGACGAGGAGAAGCAGGCGCUGAAGGAGCAACAGGAGCAGGAGGAGCGCGAGCGGCAGGAGCGGGACGCGUUUUCGACGGGCGGGAGUCCCGCAGCCUCGUCCCGUUCCUCGCCGUCCAAGUCCCCCCGGCCCUUCCGACCCUACGCCCAGGCGCAGGAACGGAAGAAGCGACGGGAAUCGGAAACCCGGAUCGAGAUCGGGGGAGAGGAGAUCAUCAUGAAGUCCGAGCUAUCCAGCGCGAAUCAAAACAUACGACUGUCUUAGUAGUCAUACGCGAUGAAGAAUAUUAGUAGAGGAGCUGUCCGUGUAGUUCUCGUGUGGUGGGCGGUCUGUUUCUUGGAAUAUGACGAGCGCUAUGUAAGUUUUUUGAUUGUCGUCGUCGUGAGGUAGCAGAAACUUUCAGAUACGAUUUGAUUUCGCGUAUGGCUACAUGGCAGCACAUAUUAAUUUUGCACUUGAUACGAGCCAGUGGUCUACCGCGUGUACGAACCCGGAGCGGAUGAACUCGAGCAACUGUACACGAAAAUCAACUACCUCAAGAUCCUCGAGGCCGAGGCGCAGCGCAAACACCGCGAAAAAGCGCGAAAAAAAGAGAAAGAAGACCGCGAGAGGAAGGUCAUGGAGGAGAGAAAAAAGGCAGCUGCGGUAAGUAAUUUUCAUAAACACUUUGUGUAUAAUGCUUUGUGCUGUCGCAGCUGCUGAGAUGCACCCUUAGGUACUUGUACUUGGAUAAUAUUUUGCCUGCAAACAUCAAAUGAAUCCAGUGUAGAUCUCUGCCCAAGUAGCAGGACGGGGUCAGCACUGGUCGCGUAAAACCGUUGCAUCUCGUAAUAACGUCAUUUCAUCCCGCUCAUCUUUCAUUACUGCAGGCGGCGCGCGCCAUUGCCGGCGAGGAAGAGCCCGAGACGGACGAAGAGGCUGAGGACCCGGAGGAGGUGAUCAGCAAGCGGCCAAAGAUUCGCGACCGUUACCGAAUGGCGCUGGAGGCGAACUCGACGCUGCAGCUGCUUCCGAAAUUGGAGGGGGAGGACGACGACCUCGAUGACUGGGACGGCCCCUUCAAGUUGGACGUGGAAGUCAUCGUCAAGGGCAAGGACUGGGUCAUGGAAGAUUCCGAGACCAGCACCGAGGCGGAAACGACCGAGGAAGGGCUCAGCUCCGUCGAGGAAGUCGAAGCGUACUUAUUGACGUGUUACUUUAUGUUGUGCCUGCUAUCCAACUUUUAUUUAAUGUGCCUGCUGUCGCACUUGUUUUUUUUAAAUUUUGGCUGCGACAACCACCCCUUUAACCCCGCACUUUUUGUGUAGUAGUGCGUCGAGAUGAUCAUGCCUGAGUUUCAUAUAACAUCAUCCACAUCGCAUAAUGAAUUGGCCGCAGAUUCGGGAUGCGCCGCAUUGCUUUGCUGUUCGACAUUGCGCCGCAGUUUGGGGGGCAGCUGACGAAGUUUUUGGUGGACAUGCAGCGGUUUUUUACGCAGCAGGUGCUGGACAAGUUCGCGAUCCUCGGUCCGGAGUCCAGCCUGCGGCCGGAAAUCACGCUGACCCCCCAGGAGGGCAUCUUCCUGCUGACCUACAAAGUCAACAUCCCCACGGACGACCCCAAUUGCCCGCAAGAGGAGCAGAUUCAGGGCGUUGUCGAGGACGCGCUGAUGGAGAUUCUCGUAAAGAUCUGCGGAGCCGCGGCGAGGAAUGCGUUUAAGCGCCGGGGCUCCAUCGACCCCAACGACCUGGUCGGCGGCAGGGACGGCGCGGGGUCCGAGGGCGGCACCGGGGGCGACAAGUCCAGCAAGGACAAGAAGAAGGGCGCGCUGCUGGGCAAAAAGAAAAAGGACGGCGAUGGCAUGGACGGCAUCAGCGGGCAGCCGAAGCGGAAGGUGCGCGAGAUCUCGGAGGAGGAACAGCAGGUGUUCAUCACGCAGCUCCUGCAGGAGAUGGAGUACCGCAUGAAAGCACUGGAGGCGGUCCGCGUUAUGUGGGCGGACAACAAUGGCUACCAGCCCCAGAUCUGGGGGAAAGGAGACACCUUCGCAGCGAAAGGUAUCGGAGAUUGAUCGUGAGGCUAUGUUCUUUUGAUCGGAAAACAAAAGGCAAAAAUGAGAGUGUACUUAUGAGCUAAAUAUGCAAAGUAAACCUAUUUGGUGAAAUUGAAACUCCCCCCAUACUGAUUAAUUUUGCGCUGCUUUAGAAGUACCGAGAGUCUUAAUCCUAAUCCUUCAACAGAGGGGAACCAGAUGGAUCCGAUGGGGCGGCCGAUGAUGAAAACCAAGCCCGACGGAAUCGUGCCAGAGACGCGAAAGACCACGCAGUUUAUGAUGCCGCACAUGCUGAAGCCCGACCCGACGGGGGAGCGGCAGAAGUGGGAGCUACAGCAGCAGCGGAAGCUGGCCGCAGACCCCAACUACAAGGUGCAGCCGCUGCACCCGAGCGACCCGCUCGCCCAGUUCACGCCGUUCGAGCAGCUGACGCCGCGGACCAAGGCGCGCAUCGACUUGAACAACCCGCAGUCGUUUGCGAACUACCAGAAACGGCAGAAAUUUCUCAUGAGCGGGAAGUACAUGGAGGCGAUCAGCGACCACAUCCACGAGAAAUUCGACCAGGGGUUCUACUCGCGCGAGAUGCAGACCAUGUACAAGAAGGUGGCCGACCGGCGGAUGCAGAACUCGAAAAACUGGAAGCCCAAGCCGUUGUUCAUGCAGAAGAAGGUGCGCAUACGGCCGGACCACGAGGACAUCGGGGAAGACGAAAGCUCGAAGGCGAGUUCCAAGUUCGACGCAAACGCCGCCCUGGAUUCCGCUUUGGGGGGCGGGGACGCAAAGUCGGCGAGCGGUAGUUCCAAACAGAAGGACGCGGAGAGCUCGGCAAAAACGCGGUCCUCGAGGCUGUCGGAUGUGAGCUCGAAACUUGCGGGCACCCACACGGAAGGUUUCUUUUUUCUCGAAGUAGUAAAUGCCAAGUUGUUUCUGUGUACCAGCCUAUAGCUUUGGGUUAGUCUCUCUUUCUAUGAUGAUGACGGGGCUCGUGAUGAGAUACUAGUAGUGCUAGUGAGAAUUGCCGCACGACACAACUACAACUUCUCCGCAGUGAACGAGACGGGUUACAGUAAAGAGGCCUUGCAGAAAUGGAACAUUCUCGACCCGGAGGUCAUCGAGCGCCUUUCCAAGCGUGUCAUAACGGAGCCCAAGCACCUGGACCCUAAGUUCAUCGAAAAGAUGGAAAAAGACAUAUCACAUGCAAAAUCUGUCCUUUGCAAACUAAAAACACCUCGUAGACGUAGAGAAAAAGUAGAAGCAGUAGACUGUACAACUCCUGAAAUUAUCGAGGAACAAACCAGGGUAGAAAAUCAGGAGCAUCUAGUACUCCACAAAGUUGUACAGAGCGAGGGCGGUUUUUUUGAUUGUGAUAUGGCAAGAAAAGACGCGAACUCCUCCAGAAAAGGAAGCGGCGGCAACUCAUCCUGGAGUAUCGGAGAAGUAAAAGCGCACCGAAGGAAGAGAAGAAAAAACAAGUUGUACUAUUUCAGUCUUUGAAAAAAGCGACGUGUAACGUUGACGGAGGUUCAAUGAAGUUUGCAAUGAUCCCCGUGAAGUUCUUCCAAGUUUUUGCUCAAAUUGAAAUUAACGAUGAUCUGUAGAAACUUUUGAAAACAAUUACAGGAGGAGCCAGAAGCCGGGGCCGCGGGUCUCGCAAAGCUCCAGCAGAAAAAGGGCAAAAAAGCCUCCUCCGCGCGCGGCAGCGGUAGCGACGAGAGUUACGCCACUGAAAAUUGCCGAUACAAUGUCUGCUGAUUGGCAUCGAGAGGGCACGCAUAAAAAUUUCUCUAUGCGCCGUAGCUUAAACUCACACUUGGAAUAGUCGCUCGAACAGUCUUGCAAAGACAGAGCAGCGGGCAAUUUUCGUGUGCAUACGAAUCCUUCAAAAUCGAAGAGUGCGGACGAUAACAGCUCGGCGACGUCGAGCUCCAAGGGGAAGAAGCAAGUCUCGAUAGAAGCGUCCAACAAACCGUCGAAGCAGCUGUGGUCCGAAUACAGCCGGCUUCGGGACGACAUUUACGAAAACUUUGUCAAGUACGGCAAGGGAUCCAAACCGAAUCUAAAGGACCUGUUCAACGACCAGUUUGGCACCUACAAGCGGCUGGUGGAGGACCAGCAGGAAUUCCCGCCCGAGGUCAUGGCAGAUUUGGAGGCGAAGGGACAGCCCCCCGCCGGCUCCGUGGAAGCGAAAAAGCUUGGCUUAGCUGCGGAUGCGGGCGGUGGCGCCGACUCACCUGGUAGGGUUGCCGCGUCGCCCGGCGGCGCGGCGUCCCCGUAGUCGAACUGCACGCAGCAAUGUUUCGUGUUUCCGCGCUGAAGAACCUUUUCCGGUUCUCUUUCGUUUCAGCUUUUUUUUGUAAAAUUUCAAAAAAUGAGGGCGCGUAUUCUCGACCCUAUUUUUACGUAUAACUUGUUCUUACCUUUCUGCUUACUUUCACUUUUCGACUUAGUCGUAGAGAAUGUUUAGUCUUGUUAGCAUGCCCGUCCGGUUCUUGUCGGCCCCCGGGUCGCACCGGUGGCAAGUCUUACUUUUCUUUGAUGAAUCUUACAAUUGAAUCAAUGAAUGUAGUCUGCGGAAAAUAUUGCUGCGCGCGCUGCUGCUACCGCACCUCUUGUCACCUUGUUUAGGAAAAAUAUGCGCACUGCGGCUCAUUCGCAAAUGUCACCAGAAAUGUCGAGGAGCGAGCUGUCGUUUGACGCUUGCCAGGAGCUGAAAUGACUUGACACCUGUAUAAUCAAUUCAGAACAAUCAACAAAACCAGAAAUGAGCUUGUAGACCAAAAGCAACCGCAAAGGUUAUUGCCGCACCGAUAAAAGAAGUCGUGAAAAUGAAAGGCUGCAAGACCCUGCGAAAUGCAGAGAAAGGAAGUAGUAUUUGUUGUUGAUACACAAAACAAUUGAAGAUCGCGUAUUUGACCCCGGUCUGGUAAAGAACUCAAGGAGGGGCAGGCCAGACACGACCGUGCGGAGUGUGGCUGCAUUACGAGUGGG